GUAUUAACUAGAGAGAGAGAAAGAAGAGAGAGAAGUGGCUAAAAUGGUAAGAGCUCCAUGUUGUGAGAAAAUGGGAUUGAAGAAAGGGCCAUGGACUCCAGAAGAAGAUCAAAUUUUGAUAACUUUUAUUCAAAAAUAUGGACAUGAAAAUUGGAGGGCACUUCCUAAACAAGCAGGUUUGUUAAGAUGUGGAAAAAGUUGUAGAUUAAGGUGGACAAAUUACUUAAGGCCAGAUAUUAAAAGAGGAAACUUUAGUGAGGAAGAAGAACAAAUCAUCAUUAAGCUACAUCAACUUCUUGGAAACAGAUGGUCUGCAAUUGCAUCAAGACUGCCAGGAAGAACAGAUAAUGAAAUCAAGAAUUUUUGGCACACUCACUUAAAGAAAAGAUUAGAAUUAAAACAAGACAAUGAUCUACCAUCCACUAUAACAAAUGUAUCACAAAUAUUGGAGCAACAUAUUCCUUCAAACUAUUAUCAAGAUUCUCAAAAUAUUGUUGCCUAUCAUCCAACUUAUUAUCAUGAUCAAGAAGGUAUUCAAGAGAGUAAUUCAAAUUCUCAUCAUGACACUCAAUCAAACAAGGAGGAGAACAUGCAAUAUUCAACAAAUAAUGAACAUGGGGACAUGACUAGUUUCAACAAUGAUAUGGUUUUUUGGUAUAAUGUCUUCAUGAGUUCUGGAAACAAUGUGUCUGAUGAGAUCAGUUAG